GUAAACUUUAGCAGACAGUCCAGAAUAUAUAAAGAUAGAAUAAGGGCAAUUUGACCCAGAGUCAUGUGACAGUCAUGUGACGUGUCAAAAUGGCAGCCUCCAUGGAAAAUAUUUUUGUCAGAGAAUUUGAAAGAAAAAACGGUUCGUCACUCAAUAUAAGCCAAUGUUCAACAGGAGAUGUUGGUUGUGUUGUUUGGGAUGCCGCUCUCGUAUUGAUGUGCUAUCUAGAAAUGCCUGAUUUCCAUAAUUCUGCAGGGGAAUCCAGUAUGAAAGAAAAAAUAAUCUUGGAGCUCGGUUCUGGAACUGGAGCGGUUGGGAUUCAAGCUGCUUGUUUAGGAGGCAAUGUCACAAUUACAGAUCUGAAGGAAUUUCUACCAUUGAUGGAUCUCAAUAUAAAGAACAAUGCAGAAAAUAUAACUGGAACUGUUGUAGCAAAAGAACUAAAGUGGGGAGAAGACAUCUCAUCAUUCAAGUCUCCUGUCGAUAUUCUACUUCUAGCAGACUGUAUAUAUUAUGAAGAGAGCUUGGAGCCACUUGUACAGACAAUUGAAGAUUUAUCAGGACCUGAGACAAUGGUUUUGUGUUGUUAUGAGGAGAGAACAACUGGCAAUAAACCUAUGCUACAGAAAAAAUUCUUUCAGCUCAUCAAUAAAGCAUUCACAACUGAGGAAAUUCCACAAGAAAAACAAGACCCCCAUUAUCGGAGUGAGGACAUACAUAUCAUUAAAUUCACAAAGAGGUGACGGCCCAGAGAUAGUUGACCUAAGUUCUGAAUUUCUAGUAUAUUUAUUAUAAAAAGAAGAAUUACAAGGAUAUAUUUGUAUUACAUGUAUUAACUGAACUGCAUUUGGACAAAAUAUUAAGGACAUUGGGAUACCCGACUGAUUUCAUUUUGCAUCAAACUGUUGCUCUAUGAUUGUGAACAUAGCUCAUACACUCACUCUAUGCAGUAUCGUAGUGGAACUGUUACUGACACUUGUUUUACUGGAUAUAUAAAUGGAUGGAUAAAAACUAAAGUCAAAUUUUAGCUGGAUAUAGGAGGGUUG